GCAUUGUCGCUCAGCCCGAAGCUAUCUUCAAAAUGGCGGACGUACGAGCGAAUUUUCCAAAUCUAAAGAUCAGCGUAGAUAACACCGCGUCUUCAGAUGAAAGUGACAAUGAGGUCGAGGUCCGUGACGACAAUGAUGGUGACGAUAGUGAAGGAGCGAGCGUUGUAGAAAAUGAAAAAUCUGAGUCUGAAGACGGAGAAAUUGAUAAAGAUGACGUUGAGUUUAACGUCCGUCUCAGUUCAUUUGCUGGACAUAAGGUUCAUAACAAAGCUCGUUCGGGAUCUGAAUUGGAUCAACCGGACGAUAAAACUGUUGGAAAAUUGUCUGGUAAAAAAGGGAGAAAUGACAAAGAAGGCCCCCCAAAUAGAAAGCAUCAGGUUUUGCCACAGCAACGUGUUUAUGUGAAUAAAUCAGGAACCUUUGUAACAGGAAUCGAUGUCACUUCACAGGAAGCACUGGAGAAGAGAGAAGAGCGUGCCAGACGAUUUGGUGUUCAGCAGCAAGGAACUGAGCAGUCACAGAUGAAUAUUUCAUUACUUUAUGAAAGCUUGGGCCUACAAGAAACAGAUUUUGAAAAUGAGGAACUGGGCCUGCGCCAAGAAGCUUUACAUAUGUAUGGGACUAAUGACAUGAGCACCAAUGAUGUUUUUGAUUAUUUCACUGAAUUUGCACCUUCAGCCAUCGAGUGGAUCAACGACAUGUCAUGUAAUGUAGUAUGGUUGGACAAGGUUACAGCUACUCGAGCCUUGCUAAAGCUAAGUAUGAGCUAUGAUGUUGCCAUGGCCAACCUGCAGGCAGCAGAGACCAACACGGCAAAGCACUGGUCAGACAGCAAUGAGAAGGAAGGCGGGGGAGAAAACAGCAGGCAAAUACAUUCUUCAGAGAGCAGCACACAGAAUGUCAGCAUAGAAGGCAGCAAAUUUGAAAUGUCCUCAAAGUCGGAGGAAAAAAUGGAAGUUGAAGAUGAUGAUGACCUUGAUCUGGAGGGUGAUGGUCAUAGAAGCAGCAACAAGAGUGCAUUGAAAGAAAGGGAAAAGGCCAGCAGGAAAGCAAAGGAUGAUGGAAAAGGCAGUCAAAAAGACAAAAGGGAGGAGAGAGAAAAAGGGAAGAGGAUUGAUUGUGACAGCAGCAACAACAAAUCUGCAAGUGGCUCCCCUUCAGCCUCCAUUUCAAAGUCGGAAUCCACUGAUGGAUCAGAUUCCAGUUCGGGCUCCAUAUCAGAAUCGGAGUCUAGUUCAGAACCUUGGGAUGUCAGAGGGAACAAGAAAAAGAAGGGCUCAGGCAUGCAAGAGAAGGAGACACGUGAAAUGCUUUCUGCUGAGGAAAUCAGCCAAAAAGGGAAAAAACAGAAUAUUCCCUGGCCACCAGGAAAAUGGCGCCUUGGGGUUCCCAGCAAGAAAGGGCGAUAUUUAUUUUUACGGUUUGCAAGUAAAGCUGAUAAGAAAAUACCUGGGGCUGAGAAGAAAAGUAAAUAUUAUCAAAAGUAUGGAAACCCCAACUAUGGAGGUAUGAAGGGGCUGAUCAGUGAAUCCAGAAAACGUAAACUUCGUUAUGCCCAGAUAGACAAAGAGCUCAAAAGUAAAGGGCCUGAUGCCCGAGACAGAAUUAACCGAUCACGCAUCAGUAAACAAAAGCAAAAAGGUAAUGAUGGUGAUCAUGAUGAUGUUAGUGAUGAGGAUCAAAAAGAGGAAGGAGAGAUUUCUCCUUAUGAAGGUGAAGUUGAAGUGGAUGAGGAAGAGGUGAAAGAGGUGGUGAUAGAAACACCCAAAGACCUGCGACAGUUGCUGAACAGAGAAACAGCAGGCAUCCGUUUAACUCUGCGCAACGAGCAGCAUGACCUUGAUUCCAUUACAAGUCAGAAGAAAACUGAAACAGGGAAGAGAGGAAGAGUGAGUGUAGAUGACGAGGAUGAAAUGGAUUUUGAGGCCGAGUUGGAGCACCUUCUUGAAGAACCACCAAAGAAGCGUUACAUGAGAAUGCACGCGGAUGAUGAAGAGGAUAGGAUCAAAGCAAAGAGAGCCAAGGCUGGAAUGUUGACUGUGAUGGCAGCGUCACAAGGCGGUGUGAGAUCUAGACUAGGAGAAAGAGUGCAACAACAUGAUGUAAGGACGUUUGAAGAUGAAGAAGAAGGUGAAGUGUUGAGUGAUCACGAUGACUCCAGCGAUGAAGACUUUGAUUCUGUUGGCUAUUCCAGAGGAUCCAAGUCUAAUCAGAGUUCAGGAGUGGUUGAUCUGCGUUCAAAACUGUCUGCCCGCAAAAAGGACCACCAGGAGCCCAAACGCGAAUCAAUACGAAUUGAGGUGAUUGAUUGAGAAUGAAUUGGCAGAUGUCCUAAUGAACAGAAUGUAUGGGCUUUGCUGUGGGUGUAUUAGACUGCAAGGUGGAAUAAUGGCAGUCUUUAUCAAGGAUAACUCAGGAGUCCUUUCUAGGUCCAAGAUUGUCAUGCAGCCUUUAAACUGACAAAAAGAUCAAUCUUUAAUGCCUUUUCUCCCCUUAUUACUGCAGUUCUAAAAGAAAGGAUGUCUUUUGAUGACAUUAGAAUUGCUAUGAUGUGUGUAAUAACUUUUACAGUUAUAUUUAGAUUGUUGUCGGUUGCAACCACAGUUUGUUGUUUGAGGAGUUUCAUUAUUCUAUUGGGGAGUUUAUUGUUUAUACUGGGGGAUAAUUUGGAAUUUGUACCUUUGAAAAGAUUAUAUCAUCCUGUGGCAACUAUCAAAAUUGCAUUCAGAGCAAUUAUUUGCACCAAAUGUAGGGGGAUCAAUGUUUUGUGUGUCUAUGUGUGAUUGUUUUGUGCAAGUACAGAUGCACAUGUGGAUGAGUUUUGUUAAUACAUCGGAGAUAAUAUGCAUAUUUUGAUUCAAAUAAACACAAUAAACAUUUCUUUUCAGU